AGGCAGUUCAUGCAGCGCUUUGCGGACAAGCCAAUACUGAUAACGGUCAGUGAGUUUGAGAACGGCACAGAUCAUGCAGCUGUCGGUUGAGCCACACUGAGGACAGACAGUGAAGAUGACUAGAUAGUGGACUAGUAUAAAUAUCUACUGGCUGGAGACCAGCCUGUCGUCUUUUCUAGAUCAGCUUGCUGUGUCAGUGAAAGAAAUUUCCUUCGCGUAAAAUUGUAUUUUACGACUGAGUUCUUCUUUAGACUUGAGGUAGAAUUCUUGCAGUUUGCGAAGUAUUGUAGAUGGUAGCGGUGCUUGCUGAGUGAGAGACCACGCUACAUAUGGUGCCAUUGCUGGUGUAACCAUGGCAAUAGAGACACUUCCCAAGGAGAGGUACCUUUUCGGCCUUAUACAGAGGAACGAUCAUCAGGAGUUGAGGAAGGCAAUCCUUCAAGAGGACGGUACCUUGAAGCAAGGUGUGGAAAACCUGACAUAUAAGAGAUGGAGACAGAAGGAGGAGCCAUUACUGGGUCGACUGCUAUUCGAGGCCUGCGAUGAUGGCCGCCUGGAGUGUGCCUGCAUCCUUGCAGACUGUUGCGAAGAAACAGCGAUCAACCAGUUGUAUGUCCAUCGGAUUGAAUGGAGUUACACUCCAUAUCCAUUGACGUGCACGCCACUACAUAUAGCAUGUAGGCACGGUAACAUCGAUAUUGCCAAGCACCUUGUCAAGUGUAAAGCCAAGGUGGACAAGACUGAUUGGAACGGUGACCUUCCUGUUCAUCGUGCUGCAUGGAAUGGACGUCUGGAAGUCAUCAAGUACCUACUAGAUCUCCAAUCAGACACGAUCUCUGUAAAGAACAAUGUAAGUUGAGCAAUCUCUACCAUUGACUCUCCUUACUGUAGUCAGUUACUCUUACAGCACUCUUGAGGAUCACUGUGCUAGCUGUAUGUCUAUUGGUGGGGGAAUAUCAGGCUGAAACAACAGCAACCCCACCGAUCAUUUGCUGCAAAAGUACCUGUGACUAUUGGUGACUCUCCUACCCGGCACUGAUACCUGCAUAAAGCACCUCCCAUAU